UUCGUAAGGGCCAAGGAAGUUUUUUCGGUAAAUUUAUUUCGAUACUUUGCUGUACCGCACGGUUCCACAAAUUAUCCGGUUUUCCGCUCGUCCAAAAAUGGGCCCACUGCAGUAGUCCUUUCCGCAGGUUGCAGCUCCCUUCGUGUCUUCUUCUUCGCCGCCGCGAUAGAAGAAGAGCGUAGAUACGCUCGGCGAAACGCGGUUCUGCGUGUGUUUUCCAGCUUUGGUGAACUGGUUGGCGGAUGCAUCUUCCGACAGACUAGUUCGUCGGCGACAAAACUUUUGUGAAAUUUCAAACAUCGCGUGGUGCGAAUUCCGGUUGUGCUGUGCGUGCGGAUACCAUUAGGGGUGCGCGUUAAGCAUCGAAACAUAAACAAGUGCCGACUGGCGCGUGUUAGGAGAACCGAAAAGAGCUGCAACGCAGACGCAAAACCCCGUGAAAAUGUCCAUCCUAGUGCAAGAGAACGGCGGCGGAGGUGGUAGCGGCAACCCGGGAACAAACGGACCUUCCGUAGCCUUACCUACCAGUGAGCUGACGCCGGCCGUUGAAGCCGAAGAAGAACGAUACGACUCCCGUUGGAAACAGUGUUUGGAGCAGCUCUCGCAGAAAACCGUGGUGUACAGCUGCAAAUGCAGCUCUCCUCAAAACGAGCCGGCAACGCAGGUUGCUAGCGAACCCGGGCUUCUCAGUGCUGCUGAAGCUCAUGGAGAACACAUAUUUCCGGUCAGAUGCGGUUGCCAAAAUUGCCUGGACUUGCGCGAGAUGGUCAUUCAUCUGUACAACGAGGACUGCCACUACAAUUCGCUCUGGGAACGGCUGCAGCUACUGAUGAAACGAUACUAUGAUCUUAUACCCGAGUCCGCCGAUAACACGCUCUACAAUUUGUACAUGGAGCUGAUGGUUAUGUCGUAACUAACGCGGCUAGCUGGCUAAUGUAAAGCGGACUGCGUAGAGUUCGGGAUUAUGGAAAUUAGGGGAAUACAUGAUUUAUUGCCCCAAGACUAUGUGAGUGCCGUAUCUAAGCUCACGGCUAACAACGGUAUUACCAAGUAUCAAAUCCCGCACAUGGUGUAUGUUGUAUAGUACACACUCGAACGAGUGUCGAUGUCAAACAUGUUUCAUCGGCGGUAGCCUUGCUAUUCUCCAACCAAUAUGCUGGAAAUGAACUGAAUCAAUCUACUUGGAAUCCAGAAUCCCUUUGACUUGAAAGCGUGAUUAAGAAUUCAAAAGAAAACAGAAUAAUGGAAAUUUGAUUCUAUCGCCUGCUCGUGCUCGUAGAACUGUACGCUGGUCCGCGAAUAAAUGAAAAGAACAAUCUAAUGUCAUAGCGAAGAAAAAUGCUGUAGAUAACUAUUAUAAUGACCACAAAAUUGCACUCCUUUAGCAACUUUUUGCUGAAGGGAAGUCAGGCGUCUGUCGGGCAGCACAUCAGAGGUAGCCAAGGCCUUGCGAAACGAUGGCUAAGGUCGAAGAACUAUUGAACAAAAUCAUCAGAUGAAAAGAACUAGUCUAUCGUAUCGCAGGGCUUAUAGUUCGGCAGUCGGGGCUUACGCCGGUGAAGUUAGGAGGGUAUUGUCGAAUUGAAUAAAAUUUUCGAAAUAUCUGAAUAAAACUUGUUUGGUUUCAAUAUUUAAUUCCUUCCUUUCACAGUUCAUUAAAAAUUGAAAAAGUACCUUAUUCAUUUAAAAGACAUGAAUAUUUUCUUAUUUGGUUCACAUGCU